AUGGCGGUGGCCUUGCUGCUGCUGCUGCUCCUCCUCUCAGGCGACAUUAAUGGAGAAGCCAAUACCAAUACCGUGAAGCUACCAAGCCAAGCAACCAAAGACGGCAACAGACAAAUGAAAGAGCAACGUAGGAUGAGGCCAUUCCAUGUGUUCAUGUCCAAACCGAUUAUACCUGCCAAGCCACUCGGUACCAAAUUCAGCAUAUGGCCAUCAACGCAGCGCACUCGCGACGCCGUUAUCAGCCGUCUGAUCGAAACCCUUUCCUCCCCUUCAAUGUUCUCUAAGCGAUACGGCACUAUUCCAGCGGACGAAGCUGCUUUUGUCGCGCUAAGCAUCGAGGAGGAGGCGUAUGCCAUUACCAAUGGCUCCCCUGCCACCAUGGACGACGGCAUCGACAUUCUCCAGGCCUCUACUCUAAGCAGAUCAGUAAGGGGAUGCUUGAGGCGGUGUUCGAAAGUUGCUGGUCGAGGUGGGGCGUCAGUCCUUCUUUGGAUUUGAGACUUUUGUAUUUUGUUUUGUAACUGUACCUUGAACCCACUUUCCCAUUUAUAAUAAAUUUGAACAACACUCAGUUUGUAAUUGGAUUCCGUUUCAUAA